AUUGUGUUGAAGGGCUAGCAAGUGGCAGCUGCUGAGAUCAGUGAUUCAAUGAGAACAGAAAUAAAGUUUAGCUUUUUCAUGACAUAAUUAUUAGCUGAAAAGGAGAGAGGCUAUAGGCAUUUUUAGGGACUAAAAUGGCACAUCUACGAACUCAGACGAACUCAAGCAAAUAUUCUUGUUCCGUCUGUUUGGAUCUACUGAAGGAUCCAGUGACUAUUCCCUGUGGACACAGCUACUGUAUGGACUGUAUUAAAAAUGUCUGGGAUGGAGAAGAUCAAAGGAGAACCUACAGCUGCCCUCAGUGCAGGGAGACAUUUAGAACAAGACCUGUUUUGAAGAAAAACAUCAUGUUAGCAGAAUUAGUGGAAGAUCUAAAGAGGACUGGACUCCAAGCUGCAGCAGAUGAUCACUGCUAUGUUGGAACUACAGAUGUGGCCUGUGAUGUCUGCGUUGGGACAAAGAUGAAAGCUGUUAAAUCCUGUCUGGUCUGUAGUGCUUCUUAUUGCGACAGUCACCUUCAACCUCACUUUGAGGUACCUGCGAUGAAACAACACAAGCUGAUGAACCCCUCCAAGAUGCUCCAGGAGAACCCCAGCUCACCUCGGAGCCUGAUCCAGGCCAAAAUUACAGACAAAAUGAAAGAAGUGAAGCUGCUUCAACAGGAGGUGGAGGCCAUCAAUGUCUCUGCUGAUAAAGCAGUGGAGGACAGUGAGAAGAUCUACAAUGAGCUGAUUCAUCACAUCCAGAAAAGAAGCUCUGAUGUGAAGCAGCAGAUCAGAUCCCAGCAGGAAGCUGAAGUGAGUCGAUUGAAAGAACUUCAGGAACAGCUGGAGCAGGAGAUCACUGAGCUGAAGAGGAAAGAAGCUGAGCUGGAGAAGCUCUCAAACACUGAGGAUCUGAACCAGUUUCUCCAGAACUACCCCUCACUGUCAGCACUCAGUGAGUCUACACACUCAUCCAGCAUCACUAUUCACCCUCCAAGAUACUUUGAGGAUGUGACAGCAACCGUGUCAGAGAUCAGAGGUAAAGUAGAAGACAUCCUGAGAGACACAUGGGCAAACAUCUUACUGACAGUAAUGGAAGUGGAGGUUUUGCUGUCAGAACCAGAACCGACAACCAGAUCUGAAUUGCUUAAAUAUUCAUGUGAAAUCACUCUGAAUCCAAAUACAGCAAACAGAAAUCUGAUAUUAUCUGAGGGGAACAGAAAAGUGACCUAUAAGGAAGUAAAACAGCCUUAUCCUGAUCAUCCAGAUAGAUUCACGGAUUAUAACCAGAUCCUUAGCAGGGAAAGUCUGACUGGACGCUGUUACUGGGAGGUGGAGUGGAAAGGGGAUGGAGUUUAUGUAGCAGUUUCAUAUAGGAACAUCAGCAGGACAGGGAAACUGGCUGACAGUAAAUUUGGACUCAAUGAAAACUCUUGGUUAUUAUUCUGUUGCAAAAGGUUCUUCAAAUUUUUUCACAACAGCAAUGAAAAACGAUUUUUUAUUCCAGUUUCCUCCAGAGUGGGAGUGUAUCUGGAUCACAGAGCAGGUAUUCUGUCUUUCUACAGCGUCUCUGAAACACUGACUCUCCUCCAUAGAGUCCAGACCAGAUUCACUCAGCCUCUAUAUGCUGGAACAGGGUUUGGUGUGCAUGAUACCGCCAAGCCUUAUGGUGGAAGCUCCGCUGAGUUUCUUAAACUGAAAUAGUCAGAGUUGAUAUAAGGUCAAGUUGGUUAAAAGGUGUAUUUUUUCUAGUUUCUUUAGUCUCGUUGAUGUGUAAUUUCUUCACUGUAGAGGACAGCUGUCUUGCUAGAACUGUUUUCUUAUGGGAUUUUGUUGAUGUUGUAGUUUGUUUGGGUGGAAGCAACUUCCAGCUUCGGUUCAGCCAUUCAGACUGUGCUGAGGAGGAUUUAAAAAAAAAAACUGAACUGUUGACAUUUACAUGUAUUGCUUUGUCAAACCAAAUGUUCAAAUAUAUGCACAGAUGAGCUGAUUAUCAUAAU